AUGUCUUUAACGAAAACAAACAAAAAGUUUAAGUGGGCUUUAGACUUCAGUCAAAAAUCUCGUGCUUCAGCGAGUGACUUACCAUCGCCUCCGGGCUACAGUCAGGCUGCAAAUGCUAACUAUUCAGAAUCAUCAAAAGAGACAGAUUCGAACCUACUUCUAAUUAAGAAAUUAUGGGAUGUUGCUCUGGGGCCAUUGAAACAAGUGCCUAUGAACCUUUUUAUUAUGUACAUGGCAGGAAAUUCAAUAUCAAUUUUCCCAAUAAUGAUGGUAGGAAUGUUGAUUGUUCGACCAAUAAAAGCUUUGUUUGCCACACAAAGUACCUUCAAAAUGGUUGAAGGCACACAAGCAGCUGGUCAAAAAUUUGUCUAUUUUAUUGGAAAUAUUGUGAAUAUAUUAUUGGCCCUUUAUAAAUGUCAAAGUAUGGGAUUAUUACCUACACAUUCCAGUGAUUGGUUAGCUUUCGAGGAACCACUAACAAGGGUUGAACAUAUUGGAGGUGGUAUCUCAAUGUUAUAA